GCUCUGCUCACUCACUUCUCAUCUGUUGGCUGUGUCGGUUGAGUCGGUCCUGUUAGUCGCGUGGCCCGCAGCCCAUUGCAACGUUUUUACUCGUUAUUCGUUAUUCGUUUCGUGCGUGACUUUGCUCUGCUAUCCAGAUCGUUUUAUUCGUCUUAAUUGUCCGGUCAACUAAACUGAUUUGCCUACACUGUCUGCAGUUCCACUGCAAUAAGCAAAUAGUUGUGUCGAAAGCAAAAGCCGGCAACAAAAAAGAGAGUCAAUCAGCAGGAAGCUCUACAGUGAAACACAUACAGAAUGGACAACGUGGACACAAGUUUUAUACCCGAUUUGCCAACGGGCGGAGGUCUUGCAGCUUACCGCAAGCGCGCCAAUUUUGAUUGGAAGCGUUUGCGCUUGAUCUUCGAAACGGAACAGGCACUGCGCAUCAAGUACAAUGUAUGGCGUCGCCUGGAAAGUGAUCCACUCUUUGCACACGCCUCGCGAACACUGCCGAUGGACGAACAGAAGCGCCUGGCAGCGAUGCAAGUGAAUCGCAUGAAACAUUUGGAGCUGGUGCCCAAGGAAAUCGAGAAUCUGAACUUCUCGGAAAAGACAAAGUAUUUGAUGCACAUCAAUGAGGCACUGAACAGCUACUCACCCAGCCUGUCCGUAAAAAUAGCUCUGGGAGUGGGCCUGUUCAACAAUGCGAUUAGGGCCAUGGGUACGGAGAAGCAUACCAAGUAUAUUGACGCCGCCUGGAACCGAGAGGUGAUUACUUGCUUGGCCGUCACGGAGGUCUCGCAUGGCAGCAACACAAAGCGAAUUCGCACCACCGCCACCUACGAUCCCAGCUCGCAAGAGUUCGUCAUCAAUACACCGGACUUCGAGGCGGCAAAGUGCUGGGUGGGCAACCUGGGCAAAAUGGCAACCGUCGCCAUGACUUUUGCCAACCUGAUUACGGCUGACGGCGAGAACCAUGGACUGCAUGGAUUUCUCAUACCUAUUCGUGAUCCGAAAACAUUGAUCCCAUAUCCCGGUGUCCUGGUCGGCGACAUUGGCGAGAAGAGCGGCCUGAAUGGCAUCGACAAUGGCUUUGUUGUCUUCACCAACUAUCGUAUACCGCGCGACAAUCAUCUAAAUCGGACGGGCAAUGUGACGCCUGAUGGCGUCUACGAGAGCGUCUUCACCGAUCCCGGCCAGGCACUGGGCGCCGCACUAGAGAGCUUCUCGGCGGGACGUAUUGGCAUCAUGCAGGAGUCGGCCAACACCCUCUGCAGCGCGGCCGUUAUUGCUGUCCGCUAUGCGGCAGUGCGCAAACAGUUUGGCCCAGAACGUGAGGGCGAGGAGAUGCCCAUCAUCGAGUACCAGCUGCAUCAAUAUCGCAUCUUUCCCUACUUGGCUGCCGCCUGUGUGCAGAAGAUUGCAGUCGAGGAGCUGACCAACACGUAUCUGCAGAUUAUCGCCCGCUCCCAGGCAGACUCUAACGGAUUCGAUAUACUGACUCAGAACGCUGCGGAGAUUCAUGCGAUUAUCUCGGCCUCGAAACCACGCAUCACGUGGUCGGCACGCGACGCCAUUCAGGAGACGCGCGAGGCAUGCGGCGGUCAUGGAUAUCUGCGAGCCUCCAAGCUGGGCCAGAUGCGCAGCGAUCACGAUCCGCUGUGCACCUAUGAGGGCGAUAACAACGUGCUUGGCCAGCAGGCAUCCAAUUGGCUGCUGCGCCAGUGGGGCGCCAAGGAGCUGGAGUCGCCAAUUGGCAGCGUGACGUUCCUGCAGCGUCGCGAGACCUUGUUGCAGCUGCAAUUUCCACAGCUGUUGCGGCAAAGUCCAUUGGAAAGCUGGGAAUUUGCACUUAGCUGCUACGAGUGGCUGCUGUGCCACCUGAUGUCCCACACGACCGCCCACAUUACGCAUCAACUGGCUGCUGGUGUCCAUCGCUUCGAGGCGCGCAACAACUCGCAGGUAUCGGGUGCGCGGGAGCUAUCGCUGGCCUAUGCCGAGUACUUUGCUCUGAAGAGCUUUGUGACCCACGUGAGGCAGCUGAGCCUCGAGGAGUCGUAUGCGCGAGUGUUACGCGUGCUGUACGAUGUCUACGCCAUGUGGCUGCUGGAGAGCCAUAUGACUACAUUCUACGUGGGCGGUUUUGCCGUUGGCGGCGACUUUGCUGCUGCCGUGCAGCAUCGCCUGCUGCAGAGUUGUGCGCAGCUGAAGGACAUGGCUGUCAGCGUGGCCGAUGCCAUUGCACCGCCGGACUUUGCCCUCAACUCGGUUAUUGCGCGUGCUGACGGUCUUCUAUACGAGAACCUGCAAAACGAAUUUAUGACCAACGAGGGAGCCUUUCAGCGCCCUUCGUGGUGGCGCGAUGUGAUUAUACCACAGGGCCAGGAGAAGUCCAAACUUUAAGCGGCUAGUGGACAGUCGGCCAUGGGCAGUGGAUAGAGGGCAGCAAGACGUGGAGGGACAAGUGCCUGGGCAGGUCGAUCGGUCGGUCACCCAUUCUAGCUAAAUUAGUAGCUUUUGUUAUAUAGUCAUAUCGUAUCCAGGUAUUACCUCUUAUACAUACCAUAUAU